AUGGCCUGCUACGACCUCUGCCGCCCCUGCGGACCCACCCCGCUGGCUAACAGCUGCAACGAGCCCUGUGUCAGGCAGUGCGAGGACUCCCGCGUCGUCAUCCAGCCUCCCGCCGUGCUGGUCACCCUGCCAGGACCCAUCCUCAGCUCCUUCCCACAGAACACCGCCGUUGGAUCCUCCUCAUCGGCUGCCGUGGGCAACAUCCUCGGCUCCCAGGGAGUGCCCGUCUCCUCUGGCGGAUUUGGCUACGGCUAUGGCUUUGGAGGCCUGGGCUGCUACGGUGGCAUAAGGGGCUGCUACCCCUGCUAA